GAAACCUUUGGCCUUUUUUUUUUUUUUUUCAAACAGUAAAGCUGAGAAUAAAACCCUCCAGCUCACAGCUAUUCACAACACAAUCACAUUCAUCUGAAACACAAACACGUUGCGACAUGUCGACCUGCCGGAGAAGGAACUGACUUCCCCGAUGAACUCAGCUUCCCUUUUCCCUCACGGCCAGUACUCCCGUUUCAGUCCUCCAUGCAGCAGGUGAUAAGCGUGUGGGUUCGAGACCCGCGCAUCCAAAAGAAUGACUUUUGGCAUGCAUACAUGGACUAUGAAAUUUGCUUACAUACAGACAGUGUGUUCUUCACCAAGAAGAUGUCGUGCGUGCGAAGGAGGUUUAGUGAAUUCGUGUGGCUCCGACAAAGGCUGCAAGCAAACUCCAUGCUGAUGGCGCAACUACCGCAGCUGCCCCCAAAGAACCCCUUCUUCAGCCUGAAUAACGCCCAGCAGAUCUCUGAACGCAUGGCAGGCCUUCAGAGGUUCUUAGAACAGAUCCUCCUGAGUCCUCUGCUGCUGUCCGACAGCUGCCUGCACCUUUUCCUGCAGUCGCAGCUCAGCGUGGCCAAAAUGGAGGCCUGCGCCGAAGGAAGGACCCAAUACUCGGUAGCCCAGGCGGUGCAGUGCUGCGGCAUCAGGAGGUUUCUAUCCCAAGAGGACUUGCAGAAGGACUCAAACAUGUCCGGCGAUUCUGAUUCAGACAGCUCCGAGUGCAGAAGUUCCGAGUGCCAAUUUAAAGAAGAUUUGGAGUUAAAGCAGACUGCAUCUGAUCACGUAGGAUCCGAUCAAGAGCACAGCAUCUGCUCGUCUCCAGAUUCUACAUUACAUCAUCGCUCGGUGAAAUACUGAGAGUCAAAGAACAACGUUAACUGUUACUUUGUGAACUUUCCCCCUAUUAUUUCCUUUCGUUUCGCUGAUGCUGAUCUAAGUAAAAGGUACUCAGUCCUCAUUUCAACUGUUUACAUGUAUGCUGGCCCAAAAAGAAGGUACCAGAAGGUGGCAGUGUUGUAACAUCCAUCUCUUUUAAGCACAUCUCGUGAAUGUGCAGCAUGUUGUCUAUAUUUACUUCAUAAACAACUAUCACAUA